AUGACGUGCGGCAGGGAAUGUCUUGGUGAUUCAGAAUGUCGGCGUUUUAAGUUUUGCGAAACCGAUGCGACAACUGGUCAGUGUAAGUUGUAUGAGGAUGGCAAGGACUGUCCGAACUUCGACACUGGUCAAGUCUGCUCAUGCUACCAGAAGAAAAUGCAAUGCGAUGAUGAGGCAUGCACGUGUCCAAUUGGUUACUAUGGCAACAGAUGCGAGUAUGUCAUAAAACACUGCGGAGAUGACAUUGGUCAGAAACUAGAGAGUCUGGGGAGAAAGAUCUCCUUCAUCCAGCCCGAUGGUGCUGAAGAACCGUUUGAAGUCUUCUGUGAGUUUCGAUACGGUGGCCUGACAACGAUCCAGAGCCGAGACCUAAAAGCGUCUCCUGUCAACUUCAAUCGGUCCCUGGAGGAGUACAUACAUGGAUUCGGUCACCCAAGAUACAACUUCUGGCUAGGGCUGCACAGAAUAAGCCUCAUCUCUGCUAUGGCAUCAUUGAGAUGCAAUAUCUACCUUGAAACCCCAUCUUCGUCGUGUCAAACGUUUUACGACAGUUGCAGCUUUGGAGGAGGACAAUUCUUCAACAUGAGGAUCAGCUCCUUCUCUUCCGAGGAACCGAACUGUGGAGACUCUUUAACCGGCGUGGACAACAUCUACGAUGCCCCUUUCUCCACCUACGACUCCGACCGCGGUGGUUACAACUGUGCAUCCAAGAUGGCGGCUGGCUGGUGGUACGCGCCAACGACCGCAUGCACCCAGGGGAAUCUUAACGCCCCGCUUGUAUCCCUUGCUGAUGUCACGGCAGUCCCUGGUGUCAUGAAUGAAAUGGGCGGAAAAGUUGGGAGACGAGCUCCUUCAGUAUUCGCUCAUCAGAGUUAUCGCAAAACAAAAGCGAAACUAGAUCCGGGUCAAUAUAAUUAAUUCCAUAUGAAUAUGUAUAUCUGUCACACUACUCUCCUUGUGUAUGCACAUGCCUUCCCAUAAGUCCUCAAACCAAACUUAAAUUUAACUGGGAAAUAGUAAGUGAAUUGUAAAACCAUUUCACAGGUACUGCAAGUAUUCCCAAAGACAAACCCAACUGUCAUUAAUUACAUUUUGGGACAGAGGUCAAAAUGUCACGAUUUCACAACU